AGAAGAGGAGCAGUACUCAGGAGAAGAGAGAAGGAUGGAGAAACUACACACACUGGUUUGUCUGGGCCUGCUGUUCCUGGCCUCUGCAUUGGCUCAGGAGGUGGAGGAGGGGGGAGGGACCGUCUUAAACCCCAGGGGGGCUCGGCCUGUUGAGCAUGGAUACAAGGCUGACAAGUGUGCCACAGAGAAGGAGUGGCCUUUCUGCUAUGACUCUGAUUGGGGUCCUAAGUGUCCCUCCGGCUGCAGGAUUCAGGGGCUGCUGGACAAGUCUGACGUGGACCUCCUGAAGAAGAUAGAAAAGAUCCGGAAGCUUCUGUCGGAAAACCAGGGGAAGUACCGCUCCACAGAGCAGGCGUCCCAACAGACCUAUGACUACCUGAGGCAGCAGCUGGUCACAAACUCAGGUAAUGACGACAGCUACUACGACGUGGUGGAGCGUCUGAGGCAGAGGAUCGUGGACCUGAAGAUCAAGAUCGACCGGCAGCUCACACACCUCAACACCCUGAAGAGCUCCGUAAGGGAGCAGGUGGUCGCCAUGCAGCGGCUGGAGGUGGACAUAGACAUCAAGCUGCGCUCCUGCAAGGGCUCCUGUAAGGGCUACGUUCAGUACAAACUGGACAAUGAGGGCUACGCGGGGUUGGAGAAACAGCUGGACGCGCUCAGUGUCCAGGAGGUCCGGAGCGUGGAAACAGUCUCAGCCCUGCGCGUCCUGAAGAGCCGGCCUCUGAAGGAUGUCAUCGUGGACGAUCGCUUCAAAUCCGGGCUCCAGGAAAAGGACUUCUUCCCAGAGGUCAAGGGGGUCAAGUUCACCCUGGAGGCGGAGGGGUCCAGUCCGUCGUCCCCGGCGACCGUUAGCAAGGUCCCAGGUAUGGCUUCCUCCUCCUCCUCCUCCUCCUCCUCUUCGUUGCUGUCGGGGGGGGUCAAGUUGUCACCGUUUGGCGGGGGGACGAAGACCAUCACGACCUUGGGAGGCGGAGGGCUGGGAGGGAUGGAUGACUUCUUCACAGGGAUGGGAGGAGGAGGCGGAGGCGGAGGGUCGGUCAAGGUCACGUCGUCCUCCUCGUCCUGCACCAAGUCGGUGAAAACGACCACGGUUAGCAAAGGGGGCGGGUCCGAGGUGCGGGAGGAAGUGACGUCAUCCCAGGGAGGAUGUGAGAUCAGCGGAGGAGGGAAGGUGGAUUUCGCCACAUUCCUCCGCCCGCCUCUCUCAGGCUCCAAGGGCCCCACCGACACCAAGGGAGGAAUGCUACUGGACGACACUAAGAUGGGCGGGAUGGAUCUGGGCGCGUUCUUCCGGGAAGACACGGAUGACGACGUCCCCGACUUCCACGCCCGCAGCGUGAAGAGUGCCGUGCGCGUCGAGCGCAAGGCGGAUUAUGUAGGAAAAGAUUGCGUCGACGUCAGACAGAAGCACCUGACCGGGGAGACCAGUGGUCUGUUCACCCUCCGGCCAGCGGGGGGCGACAGCGGGCCUGCAGUUGAGGUGUUCUGCCAGCAGGGGGGUCUGCUGGGGGGGUGGGUGCUGGUCCAGCAGAGAGAGAGCGGGGCGCUGAGCUUCAACCGCUCGUGGGCAGAGUACCGUGACGGCUUUGGGAAGGUGGACAGCUCCGGCCGGGGAGAGACGUGGCUGGGGAAUAAGUACCUCCACCUCUUGACCAAUCAGAGCGAAGCCAUGCUGAGGGUGGAGCUGGAGGACUGGGAAGGGAACGUGGGCUGGGCGGAGUACGGGCUCAGGGUGGGGUCGGAGUCCGAGGGGUUCCCGCUCGAUGUGUGGGGGUAUGCUGGAGAUGCCGGGGACGCCUUGGGGAAGGGCGUGCCCAAGCUCAGGAACUUCCUGUCCCACUCAGGGAUGCGUUUCAGCACGUUCGACCGGGACCUAGACCGCUGGGAGGACAGCUGUGCUGAGGUGUACGGCGGAGGUUGGUGGUACAACAACUGCCAGUCAGCCAACCUGAACGGGGUGUACUACAGAGGCGGCCGCUACGACGCCGGGAGCAUCGGCCCCUACGAGAUAGAGAACGGAGUGGUGUGGACGACCUUCAAACCUGCCGAUUACAGCCUGAAGGUCGUACGGAUGCUGGUGAGACCCGUGGAGUUCUAGA